AUGUAUAUGGCGGUGAAGGGAAUGUCAUGCAGCCAGAAAGAAAUGGUGAGACAAAUGGGUUUCGGUGCAUUCCUUGAUAUAAAGUUAGAUUCAAUACCUUCUAGAUUGGCUUACUACCUGGUGGACAAAUUUAGAGCAAAACAUUCCACGAUUAAGACUAAGAAAGGGGAAAUACUUAUUACAAAGAAAACGGUUGAAAAAAUGUUUGGUUUGCCAAGUGAAGGUUUAGACUACAACCAGUUGGUGGAAUGCAAUAAAACAAAUAUAGUUAUUGAAGCAUGGAAAAGUCAAUGUCCAGGAGGAAAGUUCAAUAAUGGAAACUAUGUGAAGAGGAUUAGACAAUCGGAUGUGGCGGAUGACAUGUUCAAGCUUAAUUUCUUGACAUUAUUCAUAAACACGUUUGCAGAGACAGAAAUGAGUGAGGCAAGCCGUAUUAAUUGUCUGGAGAAAUUAGCAAGGUCUGGUCAUGCCGUUACGUUACUGCUUACAUAUGAGGACAAAGUAGUUUUGAAUGGCUAUAAUCUCCGCAGAUCAAGGCCAUUGAUAAAACAUAUUGACUCAGUGGAUUUGGAUAUGUUGGAGGAGCAUGGAUUUAGAAAUGGAAAAUUUGGAACCUUGGAGUUUCGUGCAGAUGGGGAAGUGGAUCCUAUUGAUGUAAAUGGUGAUGAGGAUAAUGUGGGGUUAGAAGAGGAUGCAAAUGAUGAUGUGGUAAAAGAGUGGUCACGAAAGGUGCAAAAACAUUUUAAUGUAAAGAAUGUGGAACAUGUAGAUAAUAUCUCGCCCACAAAUGAAGCAACAAUGAAAAUGCCCAUUAAAGUUGCAGUCAAUUCUGGGCAAAGUAAUUUUGUGAAAGGAAGUGGUUUUGUGAAAGGAAAUAGUCCCAUAUGCAAUGUUCAAUCUACUGGAAGGAAUAAUAAAAAGACAAAGAUUGUAGAUGGGUGUGACUCAUCUUCCAUGCUCUUUCUGGAAUAUAAAGGAAAUACAUCAUUGGAUAGUCUAGUUGUUCUGACUCCUGGUUUUUUGAAUAUGUCCGAUGAGAUUGUGGAACAGAGCAUGAGAAAGAACAAGGAUGUUUCAAAGAUGACAUACCAUCAUUCGUGUCACACCCCCAAACCAAGGAUGGCGGAAACGUCCGGGGGUGGAUGA